CUCCGGGCUGGCGGGUGAAGCGCCAGCAGUCGCAGGUCCUCUCCAUCCCCCUCCUCCUUUUCUCUCCCGCUCCCCUCCUUCUCUCCUCUGGCUCCCAACUCCUCCCCCACGUCUCCCCACCUCCUGCUCCCUCACUCUCCUCCUCCCGGCUCGCUCCGGCGCGCGGGGUCUGGAGCUAGUUGGAGCGCGGGGGUUGAUGCUGGAGCCCAGCUCCGCGGAGCCCGGCGGGUCGGCCGCGCAUCCAGCGGCUGUUGGAGCAGCCGGAGCGCAGCGGGCCCGACAGGAGUCGGAGACUGUGACGGAGUGCUGAGCCCAUACCCGGGAUCCUUGCUGUUCGUCCAUCCCAUUCCCAGACCGGCCGCCAGCCCUCGGAUUCGUCCCUGUGGUCACACAGCCCCGAGCCCAGGGCCGCGGGGAGCCCAGCACCUGCGCGUGCUGCCGGGAGGUCUUCCCUCUGGCUUGCCUCCAGGAGCUGGACUGCAGAGGGGCCCACCAUGGUAGUCCCAGGACCCCUGGCUCUCUCGCUGCUGCUGCCUAGCUUCACCCUGCUGCUGUCCCACCUCUCCACCUCCCAGGACAUCACCAGUGAGCCCAGCAGUGAGCAGCAGCUGUGCACCCGGAGGGAGCACCCCAUCGUGGCCUUCGAAGAUCUGAAGCCGUGGGUGUCUAACUUCACCUACCCUGGAGUCCGGGAUUUCUCUCAGCUUGCUCUGGAUCCCUCCAGGAACCAGCUCAUCGUGGGAGCCAGGAACUACCUCUUCAGACUCAGCCUUGCCAAUGUUUCCCUCCUUCAGGCUACAGAGUGGGCCUCCAGUGAGGACACGCGCCGCUCCUGCCAGAGCAAAGGGAAGACUGAGGAGGAAUGUCAGAACUACGUUCGAGUCCUGAUUGUUUCCGGCCGGAAGGUGUUCAUGUGCGGUACCAAUGCCUUUUCCCCUGUGUGCUCCAGCAGACAGGUGGGGAACCUCAGCCGGGCUAUUGAGAAGAUCAAUGGCGUGGCCCGCUGCCCCUAUGACCCACGCCACAACUCUACAGCCGUGAUCUCCUCCCAGGGGGAGCUCUACGCAGCCACCGUCAUUGACUUCUCCGGUCGGGACCCGGCCAUCUACCGUAGCCUGGGCAGUGGGCCGCCGCUUCGCACUGCCCAGUAUAACUCUAAAUGGCUCAAUGAGCCAAAUUUUGUGGCAGCCUUUGACAUUGGGCUGUUUGCGUAUUUCUUCCUUCGGGAGAAUGCAGUGGAGCAUGACUGUGGACGCACUGUGUACUCUCGGGUGGCCCGAGUGUGCAAGAAUGAUGUAGGGGGUCGUUUCCUGCUGGAGGACACAUGGACCACAUUCAUGAAGGCCCGGCUCAACUGCUCCCGCCCAGGGGAGGUCCCCUUCUACUAUAACGAGCUGCAGAGUGCCUUCCAUCUGCCCGAACAGGACCUCAUCUAUGGCGUCUUCACCACUAACGUAAACAGCAUUGCAGCUUCUGCCGUCUGCGCCUUCAACCUCAGUGCCAUCUCCAAGGCUUUCAAUGGCCCAUUUCGUUACCAGGAAAACCCCAGGGCUGCCUGGCUGCCUAUCGCCAACCCCAUCCCCAAUUUCCAGUGUGGCACCCUGCCGGAGACUGGCCCUAACGAGAACCUCACGGAGCGCAGCCUGCAAGAUGCACAGAGGCUCUUCCUGAUGAGCGAAGCUGUGCAGCCGGUGACGCCAGAGCCCUGUGUCACCCAGGACAGCGUCCGCUUCUCACAUCUUGUGGUAGACCUUGUGCAAGCUAAGGACACACUGUACCACGUACUCUACAUAGGCACUGAGUCGGGUACCAUCCUGAAAGCGCUGUCCACCGCCAGCCGCAGUCUGCGUGGCUGCUACCUAGAGGAACUGCAUGUGCUGCCCCCUGGGCGCCUUGAACCUCUGCGGAGCCUGCGCAUCCUGCACAGCGCGCGUGCGCUCUACGUGGGAUUGAGCGACCGGGUGCUGCGGGUCCCGCUGGAGAGGUGCUCGGCCUACCUUAGCCAGGGGGCAUGCCUGGGAGCACGGGACCCAUACUGCGGCUGGGAUGGGAAGCGGCAACUUUGCAGCACGCUUGAGGACAGUUCCAACAUGAGCCUGUGGAUCCAGAACAUCACAGCCUGUCCUGUACGAAAUGUGACACGGGACGGGGGCUUCGGCCCAUGGUCACCAUGGAAACCAUGUGAGCACUUAGAUGGAGACAACUCGGGUUCUUGCCUAUGCCGGGCCAGAUCCUGUGACUCCCCAAGGCCCCGCUGUGGGGGCCUCGAAUGCCUGGGGCCAGCCAUCCAUAUCGCCAAUUGCUCCAGGAAUGGGGCGUGGACCGCAUGGUCAUCGUGGGCUCAGUGCAGCACGUCCUGUGGGAUCGGCUUCCAGGUCCGUCAGCGAAGUUGCAGCAACCCAGCGCCCCGCCAUGGGGGCCGCAUCUGCGUGGGCAAGAGCCGGGAGGAGCGGUUCUGUAAUGAAAAUACGCCUUGCCCGGUGCCCAUCUUCUGGGCUUCCUGGGGCUCGUGGAGCAAGUGCAGCAGCAACUGUGGGGGUGGCGUGCAGUCGCGCCGUCGUUCUUGCGAGAAUGGCAACUCGUGCCCGGGUUGCGGCGUGGAGUUCAAGACCUGCAACCCCGAGGCCUGCCCAGAAGUGCGACGCAACACACCCUGGACGCCCUGGCUACCCGUGAAUGUGACGCAGGGUGGCGCGCGCCAGGAGCAGCGAUUCCGCUUCACCUGCCGCGCGCCGCUGCCGGACCCGCACGGUCUGCAGUUCGGCAAGAGGAGGACGGAGACCAGGACCUGCCCGGCUGAUGGCACCGGAGCAUGCGACACUGACGCCCUAGUGGAGGAUCUGCUGCGCAGCGGGAGCACGUCACCACACACUCUGAGUGGAGGCUGGGCCACCUGGGGCCUGUGGUCAUCCUGCUCCCGGGACUGCGAGCUGGGCUUCCGCGUACGUAAGAGAACUUGUACCAACCCGGAGCCCCGCAACGGGGGCUUGCCCUGCGUGGGAGAUGCUGCAGAGUACCAGGACUGCAACCCUCAGGCUUGCCCAGUGCGGGGUGCCUGGUCCUGCUGGACUGCAUGGUCCCAGUGCUCAGCAUCCUGCGGUGGUGGCCACUAUCAACGCACCCGUUCCUGCACCAGCCCCGCACCGUCCCCAGAAGGCUGGUCACUGUGGUCUGAGUGGGGUGUCUGCACGGAGGAUGGGGCCCAGAGCAGGAGCAGGAGCUGUGAGGAGCUUGUCCCAGGGCCAGGUGCCUGUGUUGGCAACAGCAGCCAGAGCCGGCCCUGCCCCUACAGUGAGAUUCCUGUCAUCCUGCCUGCUUCCAGUGUGGAGGAGACUGCCAGCUGUGGAGGGUUCAGUCUCAUCCACCUGAUAGUCACUGGCGUGUCCUGCUUCCUGGGAUCUGGGCUACUGACCUUGGCAGUGUACCUGUCCUGCCAGCACUGCCAGCGCCAGUCUCAGGAGUCCACACUUGUCCAUCCCGCCACCCCUAACCACUUGCACUACAAAAGCGGGGGCACUCCCAAGAAUGAGAAGUACACCCCCAUGGAAUUCAAGACACUGAACAAGAACAACUUAAUCCCUGAUGACAGAGCCACCUUCUACCCACUGCAGCAGACCAACGUGUAUACAACCACGUACUACCCCAGCCCACUGAACAAACCCAACUUCCGGCCUGAGGCCUCACCCGGACAGCGCUGUUUCCCCAACAGCUGAUCCCACCCUCCUGGGACUCGGGCUCCUUGCCUUCCCAAGGCAGAGAACAGGGGAACGAGACCAUAGAACCACUUUGGUUUCCCCUCUGCAUUGGGCCGAGAACUUGCUGCCUGGCCAGUGGGGGUCCCAUCCGGCUCCAGAAAGCUCUGGCUGUCAUUGACCAUGGGAGAGAGGGCUGGCUUCAGGCUGGCACAUGGCUGCAGAUCCAGCUCAGCCCAGGUCUCAUGGUCUCCUGUGACCCACCAUCACUUUCCCCUGCCAUGUCUGAGCUGUGAACCUACUGGGUAUGUGAGGAACUUGGAGAAUAGACAUGACAGAGUGGGCUCUUAUGUUUGGGUUGGAAAUGACUUCCAAUGGCCACCAUCAACUAAAUUUGCCCCCUUUUUACUGGUCCCCCAAAAGGCCUGGGCUGAGUCCAGCUUGUCAGUGAAAGGAAUUCAUCAGGUGUCCCAUCAAAUGUUCCAGAAGUUUCAGAUCUCAGCCCAGGGCUGGACCACUCUGAUGCUGUUCUCUAAGUGUCACAGGGGACCAGCGACGGCCUAGGUUGACAACCUCUGUCAGACAGUCUGUGUUUCGACCAGAGACGUCCCUCUGGUAUGAGGCAGUGAGGACUGAGAACAAGAAGCUAGAGGGUGCUGAGAGGCUCUUCACAGGUCUCUUGGCACAGGUCUGGAACUUGUCUUCAGUGCACGAAAGGUGGCCCAGAAGGAAGGAAGACUCAAGACCAUAAGAGGCAGCCUGGCCUCCAUGCCUAUGGAGACUGUCGCUGCUCAAGAUUCGUUGGCUGAGAACUGCUUGAGAGUCUCUGCUGGCCCCUCAUUAUUCAGGAACACACACACACACGCACACACACACACACACACACACACACACACACCAUCUGCUACAGCAACAAAAAGGAUGGUAAGCUGUGGCAUUAUUAAUUAAAGAUGAUAUCCAGCCUCCAAA